AAGAUAACGUGAUGCAGUGACGGAGGAGCGAGCAGACGACCGGAGAGGGUGUGGAGGCAGAUGGGGGAGAAGGGGAUGCAAGGGGGCUGUUUCAUGCCCGGGCCUCUCCGAUGGUAGGUAGCGGGCUCCUUUCUUUGGUCGAAGCCGUCAGUUGACCUGGAUUCGAGAAGUGCAGCAGGGGGCGGUGGGUUUCCCCUCCUCGCUUGACCCCCUCUUCUCUUCUGCCGGCGCCGCGAUCGGCCAACGCUGAAUCGGCGCGCGGCAGAGUGGCGGCACCGCCACAACACCCGACCACGCCGCCGGUCGUCGUCGUACGCUCCUCCUCUCUCACGCCGCGCGCGCGCCGAGCGUGCACUUGACCGAGUGACAGCCGGCAGUGGCAGCACUAACCCAAAUCCUGCCCGCGGCUUCUUCGCGCAACGUGUUUUUUGCGCGAGGUCCUCAGCGGUACCGCCGCCUCGGCCGGUCUUCCCCUGCUCCCGGAGAGUCAGCCGGCGCGCUCCUCCUUCUUGCAUCGGCGUCGUUUGCGCCGGCCGCUCGCUCAUGAGUGGCGUGCCAUCAUCGUCUUUGAAAUAGUCCUGUCGCUGACGUAGGAUCGUUGCCCCUCGGCGGCGAAGAAGGGAGCGUUCUCCUUUUUUUUUUUUUUCGUGGCCCCUCCAGCUACUGCGAGGGACGAAGAAAGUGGCCGCUGGUUUUUACUCGCCGCGAUCGAGUGGUGGUUUCCACUUCUCCUGGAAGCUGGCUGCUACUGCACAGGGGUCAACCACGUGUCCAGCUCCGCGCGGCGUCGCUUUCUUGGCCUCCGGCCGGACCAUAGGCUGCCGGCGUGGCAGCCGGUGCUCGAGACGACGUCGCUAUGAAAGUGUGCCGCCUUCGGACGGUCUGACAUGUCGGUGUGGCUGCUGUGGCCCCCUGGCUUUCACUGAAUCUGUGCUCUUGAUGCGUGCGAGGAGCCGUCGAAAAGUAUGUGCCCGGGGCGCCGGAAGGCCGCGACGUCAUCGUUGACGGCGGCUGUGGCAGCGGCGGCGGCGUUGGCGGCGCUGUUACUGGGCGCCGUGCAAGCGGGCGGCCACGAAGGCUUCUUGCGCCAAGGUAACAGCGCCUGGCACACGACCGGUGGUCCGUUCGACAAUCCCUGGACCUCCCCCCACCCCGUGACGGCAGCAGAGACCCGCGCCAAGGCGCUCGAUGUCCAAACGCUUACCAAUAUCAUCAACGUGGCGCGAUAUAUUUUGUCGUUCCCGCAGAAGUGCUUCUACCGCGGCAACGCCUACUCGUGCGGCCUAGGCAUCAGCUGCUGGAUCCAGGGCAAAAGGCCCGUCGACUUGUGCAACGGAGGCGUCAUCUGGAGUUGCUGCAUCCCAAGGAACGCCGAGCCGUCCAAGGCCGGCAUGGUCAAGGACGCUCUGUGCGGCAAAACCUAUCUGCGCAAUUCCAAAGUGGUGGGUGGCGAAAACGCUAAGUUUGGUCAGCAGCCAUGGCAGGCGGCCGUCGUGAAGAGGAGCUUCCUGUCACAAAAGAUCUCCUGUGGAGGGGCUUUGGUGCACGAGCGUUGGGUGCUCACAGCAGCUCACUGCGUCGACAGAACGCCUGCGUCGAACCUGCGCGUCCGGCUGGGCGAGCACAGCAUCCGGGACACGGCGGAGCGCUUCCCGCACGAGGAGUACACGGUUCGGCGAAAGGUCGUCAACGAGGCCUUCGACCGGCGCAACUUCAAGAAUGACAUAGCGCUGCUCGAGCUGUCGCACCCCGUGGUCUUCCGCGAGCACAUCAUCCCCAUCUGCCUUCCCGCGAAGGGCGAAAACUUCACGGGCGGAUUCGCCACAGUCUCCGGUUGGGGAAGGCUCAAGUACGGGCAGUCCUACAUACCGAACGUCCUGCAAAAAGUGAGCGUGGAGGUGCUAGAGAACGAAAAGUGCCGGACGUGGUUCAAGGACAAGGGACGCAAGGAGCAGAUCUACGACACCAUGCUGUGCGCCGGCUACAAGGAUGGCGGCCGAGAUUCGUGUCAGGGUGACUCAGGCGGCCCACUGACGUUCAAGAAGGACGACCGCUACUACCUCAUCGGUCUUGUCUCGUGGGGAGUCCAGUGCGCGCUACCUUCUCUACCCGGAGUCUACACGCGGGUCUCCGAGUUCGUCGACUGGGUCAGCAUCUACGUCAACUGAUUAAAGUGUCAGCGCAGCGACAAAGGCCACCAAGUGAUUCCUACCCCGGCCAGCGGCGGGCCUCUUACAGUGCUCUGUGUGAAAGUGCGCGGCUGCCGCCAGUGACUGUGAUAGACUUGUGAAAAAAAAGAAAGAAAGCGCCUAAACAGGUCGUGGGUGCGCCAAAAUCCAGCAUUGAGUAAGUAUUUGUGGCCCCCUUAGCGGUUUUCUGCGAGAAGCAGCAGCGCAAUUUCGAGAAGUCAAAAACUUAAUUACGACACAACUUCCCACGCUCAGGAUUAUUUGUAGUAGGCCGUGAUAGUUCAGCCCUUGUGGGGCUGUUCAAAAAAGAUGUCAUCCUAGACCAAGUGUAGCAGGCACCGUCAUAAGUGCUAAUAUUCUUUCGCAGCUAAACAAGCGCACCGGACAAACUAGCUCACAUUAAAAUCUCAGGUAACCGAUCAUACGCAGAAUAAUGAGAGGUCUGAUUCAGCUGUGGCGUUCCCUCAGGUUUUCACUUGGAGAGUUGAGCAGCGGAUGUGUGUCAGGUCUUCGAAAUUCGCAAGUAACAAGAUGCGAGGCCGCGAGACGGAUCUGGCUCGAAUGAGUAGCACUCGAAGCUUCGUUCGGACACCCACUCUAACGAGGCUGCCAGCACAGAGUGACUAGAGUUUAUGCCAACAUUCAGCAGAUCAGCAAACGGAGCAGCUGCGUUUCUGAAUUGGGACUUCAUACAACCUCUGAUCACGAGACAUGUAUGGUCAAGACGGCACAAGAGAAUAGCGCUGCGACAACUGCUCUCGGGCAACACUGGCCACGAACACGUGACGUUUCGGCGCCUUGCCGCCGGCUUGUGAACUUGUAAUAAUUGUUGGCUGUUUAGGUGUACAGCAGUAUUUCAAUUGCGCAUUUCGCGCGGCGGACGAAGGACUGUACUGCUUCGGUACAGCCGCCAAAGACAAUGCGCGCAUAGCCGUGAUUUCUUUUGUACAGUUCUGUAGAAAAUGUGUGUGCAGUGAUUGUCAUUUUUUCCUUAUGCUUCGCGUUCCAGGAAAAGCAUCGCCUUGUGGACAACGAACUUAUCUGUGCACAAUGGACUUGUGCGGACUCGUACCCUGAAAAAUACUGCGUGCUUCGUGUGAAAAGGUUGCAUCUGCAUGUUGUGACGAUCUUCGCGUCUUUAGUUGUUAGUAUUCCCGUUUUCUGGGGAAACGCUGUUUCUGCGUUGCAUGCCAAAGCGCGCUAGCACAAAAGAGCAACAAGAAGAAAUGGUACCACAACGUUCUUUUCGUUUCCCUUGCUUUGCGCUGCGUCUAGAUUUCGUUAGCAGUGAACUAAAGCAGCGCUUCAACAUUUUCUGAACAUAAGAAAGAAACUUGCAUAGUCGCUAUAGGCAACAUAGUUAUGAACAUCAGCUGGGCGCCCACAAUCUCGCCCGAAAGUCUGCUUGCCCAUUCCUUAGAUUUUCCAAACCAAUCAACCAAUAAAUGAAAAAUGAGCUUUAUUUAAAGAAUUCAAGCAACAGGUGCAAAAUACUUGAACCAAUAGCAUAUACAGCUAUAGUACUUGUUCCAAUACAGAAAACUGCGCGUUUUCUUUUCUUUUUUUUAUCGUUUACUCUCGCACAAGAGUAAACACACCGGCUCCUGGACGGAUUUCUUUAAACAUCAUGGCCAAACACUGCCUCCUCCAAAGACAGGUCUUUCCAAUUAUUAGAAACAAAUAGAAAUUUUACUCAUUACAUGGCAGCGUCAUCUUCUGACAGAAAUCAAUGUUACUGCGCCAGUGCUGUAACUCCCAAGCUCCACAGGGCUCGUGCCACACAAUCGCCAUGGCCAUGCCGAUUAACACUGUUCGGCACGGCCACUGUGCAUAGUUUUGAGUGCGGUGAACGCAAGGAAAAUGGAAAAGGGGUGGACAGCGAGGGCGCUGCGGGAGCAUGGAUUUGAUUGGCGAUCACUCCGUUAUUACAAGGCACAUACAAAAACCUUUCGCUAGACAAUAUUCCUGAGGAGAUACCCUUGCUUACCACGCACACCACACUUGUUUCAUAAAAUGUGCAAGACCUCUUUAAGGCACAAACCUUCCUUACUGCUGCAGGCUUUGCACGUCUCCUGCCACGCUCUUGCUAAACCAUCAAAAUAACAAUGAAGGCCAAGAUUUCAGGCUUGUUCAAUUAGCCUUCCUUGUAAGCUUCGCCAGCACGCCUUAUCAAUUUAGCCUUCGGAA